GACACGUGUUGUUGACACCCGGAGCGUUUUAUUGCCACUUCAGCGUUCACCUCCAAGUUUCCGCGUCACUUAUUGAGUUUGACGUGUGCAUAAUUAAUGACUGAGUGAACAUAAACGUAUUCUCGUUUCUUGAUUUAAAGAAAGAAACAAUAUUCGAGACCUCAAAUGCGUCUGUCUCACAUUUGAACAGCACCCGUUUUAACUAAACUGGCUCACUGCAUUAUCAGAGAAGAACAUAAUAAAGCGCUAGUACAGACCAUGUCAACAAGGCUGAAUACAAUACAGAUGCAGAGUUUAGAUGGAACCUCGCAAGAAAUGUCAUCAUUCGACUACGCCGGUUACAAUGUUGAUGAAAACGAUGGCACACCCCCACUCGAUGGUAAAGUAGUCGUACAAGACGCCCAAUACUUGGAUGAACUCUACAUCAGUGCCACGCGCCGACCAACCAGUCUGUGUGGCCACCUACGUCAAUUUACUCUGCAUAACAGGGUCGAUAUCUCUCUUCUCUUCGAAGCUAUAAGCGAAGGAAGUUUAGAAGCUGUAAAGCGGUUGCUACUAUCAAAUAGAAUUGACUUGUGUACUAGAGGGCCACAUGGCGAGAGUGUUCUUCACCAUGCACUAUUAGUCGACAGAGAUGACAUCGCUUUAUUUCUCGCCGACUGUGACAGGAGACUGGUCAAUAUGGAAAUGACAUCUUCACUGUAUCUGGGGGAAUCCCCUGUACACAUUGCCAUUAUGAACAAUAAUGAAACUAUGGUGGAGGAGUUGAUCAAUCGAGGCGCAGAUGUCCAGAAACCGAGAGCUUGUGGGACAUUCUUUUUACCCGGAAAGGAUUGCAAAUGUUACUACGGCGAAUACCCGUUAUCGUUUGCAGUCUGCCAAGGCCUCAAGAAAACAGUGGAGCUUCUGGUACAGCGUGGGGCCUCACUGAGGGCGAGGGAUCGUUUCGGUAACACGCCCGUCCACAUGUUGACGACUAUCGCAAACACAAAAAGAGCGAAAGAAAUGUACGACUUCAUAAUGAAUAUGGACGCCGAAGGGAGAAUGUCUCUAAGUCAUUUGCGAAAUGGUAUGGGAAUGACUCCUAUGUCAUUAGCUGUGAAAAAAAGAAACAUCGAGAUUUUUGAGCAUAUGAUGAGCAGAAAAAGAACAUUCCUAUGGAAUUAUGGGACGACAACUUGCUAUGCCUAUGAUUUAGAAGAGGUCGACACGUUGCAAAAUAACUCUAUCAUCAAGGACAUUGCAUCGAACCUUCGUAACGAUUUUAGGCUUUUCAGCGCUUUUGUGAAUGUGAGCCCAUUAAAAGAGCUGUUGGAAUGGAAGCGCUCCAGGUAUAUUCAAAAGUGGUGGCUAUUUUCCACUGUAAUGUACUUGAUUUAUGUGGUUAUCCUCACCGCCGUGUUGUAUAACCAGCCAAUGACGCCCGUGUACCACGUCAAUGCCAGCUCGUCGUCCCAAGCACUCAAGAUGGAAUCAGUAUCAGUACAAGAUGCCUAUGAAACCACCAGCGACUAUGUGCGCAUGAGUGGGGAAAUUUUUGUUAUUCUUGCGACGCUUGUCAUGACGACGUUUGAGAUCAUCGACAUAUGCAAGCUUCGUGUUAAAGUAUACCUGGGUCAGUCAGCCAUUGCAUUUCAUUUGCUUGCUUGGUGUGUGAUCAAUAGCGUUCUUCUUCAACCGUUCUUCCGAGUAUCUAGAUUAUCGCAAGAAGUUAUUUCAGCGUGCGCACUCCUGUUUGGAUGGUUCUACUGCAUGUUUUUUGCCAGAGGAUAUAAAUGUACAGGUCCAUUCAUAUUCAUGAUCCAAUCUAUUCUGGUUAAAGAUAUAACCAAGUUUUUUAUGGUUUAUUUUAUCUGUCUUACUGGAUUUUCACUCGCAAUUCACAUGAUGUAUUAUCCCAUUCCUGAUUACUGUAUGCCACGUGAAAUGGCGUCACUGGGAAGUACGGCAGUCUUCUUAAAUAGUGCAAUGUUAGGACUGGUACAGUUGGAUAUAUUUGACGACCCUACAACGUCCUCUUUCACAAAGGCUUUAAUUUAUGCAUAUUUAAUAAUCGCCUAUGUGCUGAUGCUUAAUAUGCUGAUUGUCAUGAUGGGAAGUUCAUAUUCGGCCAUUUUUAAUGACUGGAAUCAUCUUUGGAGUAUGCAGAAAGUACUAACUACACUCGUGGUUGAGCGAAGAGGACCUAAAUGUUUUUUCCCAAAGGCUGGGAUUAAUGGAGUAGUUAUUGGACUGAAUCCAAAGAAGCAAUAUAUACGAGUUGAAGUUACUGACGAAGAACAUUCGAAGAUUCAUCGCAGUAUUCCACAUCAUUUUAUAACAGGAAGACUAAUGUAACCAUCCCAGCAAAAAUAGUGUUAGGAUCAUUCUGCUGAAUAUAACCAAUUUAUUGUGUUUUGUACUUUCUAGUUUAUUGCAGACCAUAUCAUUUAUUAUUUAGCAGACUAACACAACACACAAGUGUUUUAGGUAAUUACAUUUAUUAUGCUUGCAAUAUUUUCAAUAAGGCUAGUAUUUCCAUUGAAGUCGAUUCAUUGCAUGCAUUGUCCGCCUAAUUAGUAUGUUUGUGAGUCUGGUUUUCGUUGUACUAGACUAAGUUCGUAGACUUAAUAAAUGAAGUACUUUUAGAUAUCUAUGAAAUCGCAAUAUAUGCCGACAUUUACCUAGAUAUUUGUUUUCUUUAAAACCUGCAUCGCCUAUAUGCCUUCGACAUUAUACUGGAAAUGUAGAGCCAAUGCAGAAUUAUUAAUAAUUAUUUCUUUCCUAUCCCGAUGGACAUAUUCAGUUAAUAGUAAAUGUAGUAGUGUUGUAUUUAUAUUCGAUGGAUGAGAUUUUGAUGUGCAAAUUUGUAGGUAAUUUACUAACAAGCAACAUAUAAACGUUUCUAUAAAGGACGAAAUGAAUGACACAACACACAAAACUAGAUGUAUUGACUAAUACUUGAAGCGAGCAUUUUUUUUAAAACGGUAAUAUCUACUUUGUUUUGCCAUCAGAGUUGUGUCAAUAAUCUGUGAUGUCACCGUUUUUAGAAAUGGUACAAAUCGAGAUAAUUUUUAUGUUUAACAUCAAAUAAUGAUUUUGAAUAUUCACUCUGUAUGCCAAUAUACUUGUUAUCAAGAAGUUAAUAUUAUUCAUCAACAAGUCGUGCUCUUUGCUGGUUGAUUUAUUUCUUUAUUAUCCUAAAGCUCAAGCAAUCGGGACAUCGCAUUCGAACGUGCAAUGUCACGGUAUCCAAUAACAUCUCAGUCUAUAUACUUCUUUUGCUUUUAGUUUUGUGUAUUAGAAUAGGAUAGUGAAAAUUGACUUGUACAGAUACACAAUUAAUACUUAACUAGAUAUACGACAUGUGCUAUACAUUGUUUUCUAUGGUAGUGUAACUACAUUAUAAUAUAAUGUGGUGACAAUUUUCACAAGACUCACGCGACAGACACAUUUAUUAUAUGUUGAAAAAUGAAUCUAAAUAAAGAUAUCAUGUAUAUAUAGUCUAAA